CACUGUGAGUCGUUUAGGAGAGGCGUGUAUCGUGUGUUUGGGUCACUGUUGACAUUCUUCAGGCCUGCCAAAUGACAUGAGAUCGAAGCGAACUGCUUUCGAUCUCAAUUAAUUUCACUUGAAUGUGAUGUCAUUUGGGGCUUUAUUAUAUUCCCGGACAAAAGAAAGCGAUCUAAUGUAACGGUGUAAAGCAGAUCUUAAGAUGCUGCUCUCUUUGGGGAUGCUGAUGCUCUCUGCCACACAGAUUUACACCAUCUUUACUGUUCAGAUAUUUGCUUUCCUUAAUCUUCUGCCCGUGGAGGCCGAUAUAUCAGCAUACACAUUUGACAAUAAAACAGAGAAUUUUGAUGACCUACCAGCUCGAUUUGGCUACAGGCUGCCCAGUGAAGGACUGAAGGGCUUCCUGAUUGGGGCUCAUCCAGAGAAUGCCUGUGAGCCAAUCGCUCCUCCGCCCCUGAGGGACAACGCAACCAACACCUUCAUUGUGUUGAUCAAGCGCUUCGACUGUAACUUUGAUGUCAAGGUCCUUCAUGCGCAGAAGGCCGGCUACAAGGCCGCAAUUGUCCACAAUGUGGAUUCUGAUGACUUAAUCGGCAUGGGAUCCAAUGAUCUGGACAUUCUGAAGCAGAUCAACAUUCCAUCAGUUUUCAUUGGUGAAGAAGCAGCCAACUCCCUCAAAGUGGAUUACACCUACCAGAAAGGAGGUCAUGUAAUUCUCAUGCCAGACUUCAGUUUGCCUCUGGAAUAUUACCUGAUCCCAUUCCUCAUCAUCGUUGGAAUCUGCCUUAUUCUCAUUGUUGUUUUCAUGAUUACAAAGUUUGUUCAGGACCGACACAGAGCCAGAAGAAGUCGCUUACGCAAAGACCAGUUGAAGAAACUCCCAAUUCACAAGUACAAGAAAGGUGACUCUUAUGACGUGUGUGCUAUUUGUUUGGACGAGUAUGAAGAAGGUGACAAACUUCGGGUCUUGCCUUGCUCGCAUGCCUAUCACUGCAAAUGUGUCGACCCUUGGUUGACCAAAACCAAAAAGACCUGUCCAGUGUGCAAGCAGAAGGUUGUGCCGUCUGACGGGGACUCGGACUCCAACGAUAGUGGUGGCGAGGAAAACGACGUCUCGGAAAACACGCCUUUGCUGAGAUCUCUGGCCUCUACCAGCGCCCAUUCAUUCGGAACCAUGUCUGGCUCGCUUUCCCAGCAUGAACCGGAGUCAUCGGACUAUGACGAGCACAGUGACACCACCGACAGUGAAGAAGAGGUCACUGUGGAAACUGUGGUCGUACAGCUACAACGGGAAUGUCUCGAAAACUUGGAGGCCAAUGCCUGAGACGUUACCCAAGGCGGACCCAACACAGACUUGUAAGGAGGAGAUUCCAGCGUAUUUGGAGCAACAUUUCACAAACAUUUAAAAGAACAGUUCACCCAAAAAUGAAAAUUCUUGUUGUUCCAAACCCAUAUGACGUUGUUACAUGAAAUACAAAAGGAGAAGUUAGACUCAAUCACCACUCACUUCAAUUCAUCUCUUUUCCGUAGAAUGAAAAUCAAUGAUGAUUGAGGCUUUUACAAGAAUAGAUGGUGAAAGACAUUUCAUUUUUGGGUGAACUGUACCUUUAAAUGUACCCAGUUUGUUGUAUAGAGAGCACUGCUCAAAGCAAGCAGCAGUAUUUUAUAAACUGUGAUUUGCCUGCAAAGAGAAUAUGCUAUUAUGCAAAAUUUGCAGCAGGAUUUUUGCCAACCUCCACAGCAGCUGAGAAUGUAAUUUGUGCUCACAUCGCAUACCAAACUCAUCUUGGAUGUGUAUCCAAUCCAAAAAAUCUGCAUGUUUUAUAGGACAAAGACUGUUGUACCAAUACUGAUGCCAUCGUUUUAUUUUAAUCAAUAACAACCAAACCUAAAUAUGAGUAACUUAGAACUGAUCUCGGAAAUGUAGUAGAUAACACAUUAAAUACUGCAAGUAGGAAAUGGUUUGCGAAGUGGAAGGUUUUUUUUGAUAACACAAACUGUUACUGAUGUCUGGUUGCCUUUUAAUGUUGCUUGAUUGUAAAUGUAAUGUUCUGUUCACCCUUGUUUAGUACUCUAUAUUCAUUUAUCUACAUGAAUAAAAUACUACACCUUUGCUGGUUUUUUGUAUUAUCUCAUC